GUCACGUGCGCGCGCCGCGACCCGGCUCUGCUGGCAGCGGCCGGCCGGGCAGCCGGAGUUCGGGCGGCAGCGGUAUGGCGGGCGGCCCGCAGGAGAACACGUUGCUGCAUCUCUUCGCCGGCGGAUGUGGAGGAACGGUUGGUGCCAUCUUUACUUGUCCCUUAGAAGUAAUAAAGACUAGGCUCCAAUCUUCAAAACUAGCCUUUCGGACUGUGUAUUACCCGCAAGUCCAGCUGGGGACCAUCAGUGGUGAAGGAAUGGUCAGGCCAACAUCUGUUUCACCUGGACUCUUUAGCGUUCUUAAGUCAAUUCUGGAAAAAGAAGGACCAAGGUCACUCUUCCGAGGUCUGGGUCCAAACUUGGUUGGAGUUGCACCAUCAAGAGCUGUCUAUUUUGCAUGCUAUUCCAAAGCCAAAGAGCGAUUUAAUGGCAUUUUUGUACCCAACAGCAACAUUGUGCAUGUCUGUUCUGCAGGUUCUGCAGCCUUUAUCACAAAUUCCCUGAUGAAUCCCAUAUGGAUGGUGAAAACCAGAAUGCAACUGGAACGGAAAGUCAGAGGUUCAAAACCAAUGAAUGCUCUGCAGUGUGCUAGAUAUGUUUACCAGAUGGAAGGUAUCCGUGGUUUUUAUAGAGGAUUGACUGCCUCCUAUGCUGGGAUUUCUGAGACCAUUAUCUGCUUUGCUAUUUAUGAAAGUUUAAAAAAGCACUUAAAGGAAGUCCAGCUGCCCUCUUCUUCUUCUAACGGAACUGAAAGGAGCUCCACAAACUUCUUUGGACUGAUGUUUGCUGCUGCUGUUUCCAAGGGCUGUGCCUCUUGUAUUGCUUAUCCACACGAGGUCAUACGGACACGGCUGCGAGAAGAAGGCACUAAGUACAAGGCGUUCAUUCAGACAGCACGGCUGGUAGCACGUGAGGAAGGCUACCUCGCCUUCUAUAGAGGACUUUUUGCCCAGCUCAUCCGGCAGAUACCAAACACAGCCAUUGUGUUGUCCACUUACGAGUUAAUUGUGUAUCUGUUAGAAGACCGUGCGAAGUAGCAGAGCCAAGACUGCUGUUACUGACUGUAGACCAAUUUCUUUGUUGAACAAAUAGUCCUUAAUGACUGACACAGGUUGCAUUGUUGGUGGAAGAACUACAAGUCUGUGAUCACCUGCUGAAUGUUUUCCUUUUGGAUUCAUGCUUUCUGAAAGGUUUUGAGUCAUUAACGUUAAUAGUUAAUUAUAACUUUUUUUUUAACUUAAUGAUAAUUAAGCAGCUACUAAAUUAAAUUACACUAUUUAAUUUAAGUAUAUGUUUGUCCUUUUCCUUAAGCACAGCCGUUGUGGUCAAGGAAUGUACCUCAUACCAUCAAGUGGUCUCUUGGACUGAUGUUCAUUAAAACUGUAUUAAAACUGAA